AUGGUUAGUCUUAAUAAGAAUCCAAAAAAGAAAGCAGACAUUAAAAAAAAAGCAGUUGACAUAGAUAAUUUAUUAAAAAACUUGCUAUUGCAACCAUUGAAUUCCUAUAUACUAAAAGAUGGAAAUAGUAUGAUAGGUACGUUUAAUAUCAGAGCAUUUGGUCAUAAAAAGUUAGAAGAUAAUGUUAUAAUGAGAAUCAUCAUUUUUAUCCUUCGAAGAUACGAUAUUAUCCUCUGUCAAGAAGUCCAUUUUAAUAGAGAAAGGAUUGAGAAACUUGUCAAUAUGGUAUCAAACCCUUCUGUUCCAUAUUCAUAUACCCUAAGCUGUCCUGUUGGUAAAAGCUUAAGUGAAGAAAGAUUCUUAUCUGAAAAACUACAUGUAAAAAUUACACUUAUUGGAUACCAUACACAGCCAGGACAUGCAUACAAUGAAAUAAAAGCAUUAGUGACUGAUGUAUACGCUUAUGUUAAAAAAAAAUCAGUAAAAAGGAGUAGUCUUUCUUGUUUAUUAAGUCUAUUAUGUUUGAAUACAAAAGAAGCACCAAUUUUUGAAGAAAAUUGCAAACAUAUAAUUCUAAUGGGUGAUUUCAAUACUUCUGGUUUUUAUCUUAAUAAAACAAAGCAAGCAGAACUAGAUAUAAUUUUGGCUCAAAAUAAUUUAAUUUGGGAAUUAGUUAUUCAAGUGAUACUACUGUUGCCUCUAAACACGCAGUCUAUGAUAGAUUCAUAUUUGAG